AUGUGGGAACUGACAGCCCUCCUGCUCCUGGUUCCAAGCAGUGGGCAAGCUGCUACUCUGGAGAAGCCCAUAUUGUCUCUACACCCACCCUGGACCACAAUCUUCAAGGGGGAAAGGGUAACCUUGCGGUGUGAUGGGUACCACCCUCUGCUCCUGGAGCUCCGACCCAUCAGCACUCUCUGGUAUUUGGGCCACCUACUCCUGCCCUCUCACAAGAAGAGCAUCGAGGUGCAGACACCAGGGGUGUAUCGAUGCCAGACACGGGGAGCACCUGUCAGUGACCCCAUCCACCUCUCUGUAUCCAAUGACUGGCUGAUCCUGCAAGUACCCUAUGCUGCGGUGUUCGAGGGCGAGCCGCUGGUCAUGCGCUGCCGCGGUUGGUAUGACAAGGUCGUCUACAAACUUCACUACUACCACGAUGGCCAACCCGUGCGCUACUUCCACUCCAGCGCCAACUACACGGUGCCCCAGGCGCGCGCCAGCGAUAGCGGGCGCUACCAGUGCUCCGGCACCAUGCGCAUCCCGGUGGAGAGCGCGCCCAUGUUCUCCGCCAAGGUGGCCGUGACCGUGCAAGAAGCGCGACACGCCGCUGCAGUUCGCCUUCUACAAGUACAGUCGCGCCGUGCGCCGCUUCGACUGGGGCGCCGAGUACACCGUCCCCGAGCCCGAGGUCGAGGAGCUGGAAUCGCACUGGUGCGAGGUUGCUACCGCCAGCCGCAGCGUCCGGAAACGCAGCCCUUGGCUGCAGCUUCCGGGGCGGGGUUCUCCCCUGGACGUGGCGUCCACCACCGUCCCGGUCCCACAGGCUGCGGCUUUGGCGCCCGGUAACAAGCCGCUUUCCUUCAGAAAGCCCCCGCUGUCCAUAUCGGUCCCGUCGGUCACCUCCGUCCCUAACACCACCUCAGCCGGGCUGCUGUUCCCCGCGGGCGGAGCCCCCACUGCUGGGCCACCGGCCUGCGCUCCGCUGACCCCCUUGGAACAAACCACUGGAGCCCUAAAACCCGACAUGGACCUUCUGCUCCGAGAAAUGCAGCUGCUCAAAGACCUUCUCAGCCGGGUGGUCCUGGAAUUAAAGGAGGCACAGGCCUUCCCAGAGCACAGGGACACACUCGAGACCCCCGCUUCCCACUUUGCUGUGAGUCAGGGAACCCCUGAGACCACUGCUGUGGAGAGCUGAGG